AUGGGGCAGACGAUACCCACAACCCUGUACUUCGUUUUCUUCGCCAUCUUGACUGGAGGAUCAUGGACAAGCUGGCAUGUUGCAUCAGCUGCCACUACACAGGGGGCGACAACGGAUUCUACCACCACAGUGGUGACGACAACGGAGCAUGCCACUACACAGGGGGCGACAACGGACACUGCCACCACUACACAGGGGGCGACAACGGACCCUGCAACUACACAGUGGGCGACAACGGACUCUACCACUACACAGGGGGCGACAACAGACCCUGCCACUACACAGUGGGCGACAACGGACUCUACCACUACACAGGGGGCGACAACAGACCCUGCCACUACACAGUGGGCGACAACGGACUCUGCCACUACACAGGGGGCGACAACAGACCCUGCCACUACACAGUGGACGACAACGGACUCUGCCACUACACAGGGGGCGACAACAGACCCUGCCACUACACAGUGGACGACAACGGACUCUGCCACUACACAGGGGGCGACAACAGACCCUGCUACCACUACACAGGGGACGACAACGGAUCCUGUGACAACAGAAGUGGCGACAACCAGUCAAACAACGCAUGAUGCGACAACGGAUCCUGCGACAACAGACGAUGCGACAACUGGUUAUGUGACCACUCAUGAGACAACACCCAAUACUCAACUUGAGACAACAUCGGAUUCCGUGACUCAUCAUGAAACUACAUCCGUGACUCAUGAGACAGCAUAUGUGACUCAAAAGGCGACAGCAUCUGUGACCCCAAAGGCGACCGCAUCUGUGACCCCAAAGGUGACAGCACCCGUGACCUUGGCAACAACCUCCACACCACCAGCUUUGGCGACCAUCAUUCUAGGAGUCAUUUUAGCACUAAUGUUUCUCAUCGUGAUUAUCGCAAUGGUACUUCUUUGGCACAGGGGAACUCUGCCGUCGUGGAUGACCAGAUCAAGAUCGAGGAGUCCAUCUGAUGUCGAGAUGCAAAAGACAGCCCCUGGCUCGCGGUCACCUGCUUCAACACCACUGGUUCAAAGUGGAGAGGACUCCGAAUACGCCGAGGUAAAUCCGAUUGAUCUCAAAACUGCUGCACAAGACGAUGACAUACACGUCUAUAGUAAUAUCGAAGUUAACCAGCAGAACCCGAGAGGUGUUCAACGGUACGUACCCCACAAGAAGGGACCAACCCCAGGGGUGUCGAACCAGCCUCCCGGGGGAAGCGAUCACACAGAUCCAUCUGAUGUCGAGAUGCAAAAGCAAGCCCCUGGCUCGCGGUCACCUGCUUCAACACCACUGGUUCAAAGUGGAGAGGACUCCGAAUACGCCGAGGUAAAUCCGAUUGAUCUCAAAACUGCUGCACAAGACGAUGACAUACACGUCUAUAGUGACAUCGAAGUUAACCAGCAGAACCCGAGAGGUGUUCAACGGUACGUACCCCACAAGAAGGGACCAUCCCCAGGGGUGUCGUACCGGCCUCCCGGGGGAAGCGACCACAAAGAUCCAUCUGAUGUCGAGAUGCAAACUUCAGCCCCUGACUCGCAGCUACCAGCUUCAAAACCACUGGUUCAAAGUGAAGAGGACUCCGAAUACGCCGAGGUAACACCGAUUGAUCUCAAAACUGGCGCACAGGACGAUGACAUACGCGUCUAUAGCAAUAUCGAAGUCAACCAACAGCAACAAGGAGGUGUUCCACGGUCCGUAGCACAUAAGAAGAGACCAUCCCCAGGGGUGCCCAGCCAGCCCGCCGCGGGAAGCGAUCGCAAACCCCCGAAGCUGCCGACCAAAAGAACCGUGCAGCAAGACUUAGGCCUGUACGAGAUUCCAGACGUAAAAACUGGCAGCACUGCUAACGAGGAGGAUGCUACAGAUCACUUCUAAAGAAAGUUAAUUAUACCUUUGUCUUAAUCCUUAAAGGCACUGGACACUUCUGGCAAUUACUCAAACUAAUGUUAGCAACAACUUACUUGGUAAUGAGCAA